CCUUGGCAACGGCAAAGGGGUUUGGUAGCGUUGCUGUGCGGCGUGAUCUGCGCGCUGCGUGCACGGAGGAAGCAGCUGCUGAACUGAUCUCUGACAUUGUGCAGCUAGACGGACCGAACAGUACACACCACAGCAACCGCUCCGCUUUAAAGGCAUUGCGUGUAUGAAUACCCCCCUGGGUUAAUGGGUCCUAUCAUCGGGAUGUCUCCUGAUAAGAAAGCAGAAACUCCAGCACCCCAGGAGAAGUGGGAUGCAUUGGGGGCAGGGUCUAUCCCUGAGGGGGAGUGUGCCUCCAGCCCAUUGGCCACCUGCGUAGAUCGGGCAGGCGAGGAUGAGGAGCUGACCAACCUGAACUGGCUCCACGAGAACCUGCUGCAGAACUUCACCCUGGGAGGCCCGGGGGGCCCGGAGGCCCUGGCCAGCCCCAGCCCGCUGUUCGACAUUGAGGGGGAUCCGGGGGCACGGGGCCCUUCAGCCUCCCCCAGCUCGUCCCGGGGCAGGGGGGGUGAGAGGGAUGCGCUGAAGGCCAAGCCCCCUUUCUCCUUCUCCCUGCUCAUCUACAUGGCCAUAGAGCAGUCCCCCAGCAAGUCCCUGCCUGUGAAGGACAUCUACGGCUGGAUCCUGCAGCACUUCCCCUACUUCUCCAGCGCUCCCACUGGCUGGAAGAACUCGGUGCGCCACAACCUGUCUCUCAACAAAUGCUUCCGUAAGGUGGAGAGGAGCCUGGGCAAGGUGAAUGGGAAGGGGUCUCUGUGGUGUGUGCAUCCAGAGUAUCGGCCAAACCUCCUUCAGGCCCUGAAGAAGCAGCACCUUCCCUCAGCACACACCCUCUCCACACCGCCUGCCUCCCCCACCAGUGCCUCAUCACCUCCUCGUCACCUCUUCCUGCAAGGCUGCUCACUCAAAGAAUCAGACAUUGACGCAGCCACUGCCAUGAUGCUCUUAAACUCCGCCCCUGGCCACCAAGACGAGCCAUGUGACUCUGACGGUCCUCUGGACCUGUCUAGACCAGACCUGGUGCUGGUGAGCAGCGACCCCAAACAAGACCACAACUACAGCAGCUUGGCCCUCCAGCGCUGCUCCUCCUCCUCCUCCCUCUCUUCCCUGGAGGAGGGAGGGGGGCGGACGCGCCGCGCCGGCAGCGAAGGUUUCCAUAGCGACGAGGACUCUGACCUGUGGGAGGAGAGAGGCCGCUCCCUCCCUCCUCGCCGCACCUCUGCCAAGCGUCCGGCGAAGAAGCGCGCCAGGCGGGAGGUGCGUCCAGACCUGGACGAGGAGCUGAAGGAGGCGGCCGGAUCCCUGCUGCACCUGGCCGGCGUCCGCAGCGACACGCACGGCACCACACGCUCCGCCAAGAGCAAAAAACUGAACCGGAAAUGAGGUGGUGUCUCUGCCCCUUAGGACCCCCUGACCCUUUGUGUGUCCUGGUGUGUCUGCCCCGUCUCCUCUUCAUCUUUUGGUCUCUUAUUGGAUGUUUUGAGCCCUUUUAUAUUUUGGGGAUUUCCUGUUCAAAUCAACAGGUGGCAAUAGGACAACUGGCUCAGGAGAAGCAAAGCCAUAGACUCUAGUAGCCAGGGGUCUUCUCCCCAGCGCCCACACUUCUCCCUGUCAGCCAGGAGACAGCAGAGGUGCGUCUGAGUGGCAGACCCAUGCUUCCUCCUCCUCCGCUACGUAUUCAGAAUGAGCAUGAUCUUUCCAGACACCCUAACUCUCAUACCGAACAUACCCCAACUGCUAAUGGACCCCCUCCUCCUCCUCUUCUUCUUCCACCCUGUAGAAGGAGAAGAUACUUGUUGUGAUGUGUGACCUUGGUUAAGGAGUAUCCUACAGAGAUGCAAUAAUGAAUCCAUGACCUUAAUAACCUUCUUAACCUGGGUUCCUCUAAACGCUGGUGUUGAUCAGGGAUGAGGGCACUGCUGUGUAGUGUAGAGACAGAAUUAAGUAUCAUGUUUUAAGUGUUUACAGUGAACCGGGAUCUGGAUCAUCCAGACAACCAGGUGUUUACCUGCCCUGGCCCCAGCCUCAGCCCUGGCCCCUGCCUCUGUUUCUGCCUCAGCCCUGGUCCCAGCCUCUAUUCCUGCCUCAGCCCUGGUCCCAGCCUGUGUUCCUCCCUCAGCCCUGGCCCCAGCCUCUGUUCCUCCUUCAGCCCUGGCCCCAGCCAUAACCCAAUUUUCCGAGUCUCAGCUCCGGACUCAGCCCUGGCCUCCCUUGGGUGUUCCUGUCUGUCCAAAGUGAGGUGUGUCUAAUAUGGCCCAAUCAUGGCAGAUGUGGUAACCAUGGUGAUCCCGAACUGUGCUGUUGCACUAUCCCUCCAACACAUGUUCAAGAGGAAGAGAGUGAGGGGGACAGAGAGACAGAAAGUGUGAUGGAAGGGGAGAGAGAGCAAGAGGAUGCAAGGG